CAAAUCAAAUAACAAACAUGGCGCUUCGUAAUGCCAGCAUGUGUUUAUGUCGAAGCACAAGUAAUUUUGCGCGAUCCUCAAGACUAGUUAGUUCCUUUUCAAAGUUUGAUGCCGCGCGAUGGAAGAAGACACUUCAGACGAACUCUUUCGCUUGUUUUUAUGGCGGUCACACUCAAACUAUCGCUAGGUAUUCCGUCUCUUCCACCUCCGGUAGCGGACCCGGCUUGGCAGACUCGGUUUUAAAGCAGAAAAUCGCCAGUGAAAAAGGGUCAAAAGAAAGCGCAAAUGUGCCACCAGAUGAUCAAGAGAAAAAGAAGUCGGAUGAGUUCUCCAAAAGGGCAAUGAAAUACACUUUUAUUGCCUUCGGAGCUAUGUUCACCGGCACGGCAGGUUUCCUAAUCCUCGAGUGGGGUAAACAGCCCGUAGAUGCAGAUGGAAACAAAAUUGAAGACGAAUUUAGUCACAUGCCAAGCUGGAAAGCCCAUAUUUACAGGGCGUACCGUGAAGUUGCCAACUACAACAAGAUGAUCAAAGAUCCAUCACGCGAAAAGUUACUCCCGGAUCCACUCACGGAGCCUUAUUACCAACCUCCUUACACGCUGGUCCUCGAGAUGACGGGCAUACUAGUGCAUCCCGAUUGGACGUACCAGACAGGAUGGCGCUUCAAGAAACGGCCUGGUGUCAACUUCUUUCUGCAACAAGUUGGACCUCCCCUUUUUGAAGUCGUCAUCUACACUUCGGAACAGGGUUUCACGGCUUACCCAAUCUUAGACACACUGGAUCCCCAGGGUUACAUCAUGUAUCGCCUCUUCCGCGACGCCACUCGCUACAUGGACGGACACCACGUCAAGGACCUCUCUUGUCUGAACCGCGACCUGUCCAAGGUGAUCCUCGUCGACUGGAACAAGGACUCCUUCAGGCUCAACCCGUCCAAUGCUCUACGGUUGAAGAAGUGGGAAGGGAACGACGAUGACCGUACGCUCGUAGAUCUAGCAGUGUUCCUCCGAACCGUCGCCACGAGCAACGUGGAGGAUGUUCGGACGGUUCUGGAGUAUUACAGCGAGUUCGACGAUCCUCUAGAAGCUUUCAGGGAAAACCAGAGGAAACUAGAGGAGGAAAGGCAACGAAUGGACCAAGUGCAACAGGCAACUCAAGACAGAAGUACGCUUGCGAAACCCUGGUCCGAGAGGCUCUGGAGACGCCGCUAGUCAAACUCGUAAUCUCCAUGUUUGUAAAAUAGAUGAAGUAAAAGUCUUUUUCCAAAUUAAAA